UAUAUAUUGAAGUUUCAGAUUGAAACAAAUUACAGAAUCUACUGUUAGAUCAAAACAUAACUUUGCAAAGAUGAAGGCUUGCUUUGUACUUUUCACAUUGGCUAUCUUUGUUAUAGCAUGCCAAGCUGAUCACUUGGAUGACUUAAAAAAAUCUUGCGACGCUAGCAAAGGCGAAGAAUUUAAUACUUGCUACUCAGCAUGUCCUGAUACCUGUGCUAACCACAAGACUGUUCGCCCAUGUACCAUGCAAUGUAUCAUAGGCUGUGGAUGUCCUCAUGGAACAGUUCGCAGAGAAUCAGAUGGCCACUGUGUUAAACCAGAAGAGUGCUAAAUAAAAAAAAAUUUUCUUUUCAAUGAAAA